AUGGCGGCGCCUUCAUUCUUCAGCUCGAGCUGGGCGCUGCGCCAGGCCGCCUCAGCGGCGACGCCUGGCGCCUGGGGCGGCGGCGGUGCUGGCGGCCGGGUCACGGGCGCCAAGGUGUCGCUGGUCAGGGCCCUGCUGCUGCAGCUGCUGCCAGAGGGGGAGGGCGAGGCGUGCGCCGCCGAGGACGACGGCCCCUGGGCCACGCCUGUCCCUUCGGACAGGCGGCGCCACCUUGGCGGCUUUGGGACUUGCAACAGCGACGGCGCGUCGGACGGGGAGCAGGAGGGCACUGCAGUGCUGCGCCUCGCCACGUCGGGCCUGCCAGCGCUGGGCGUGCUGCUGCUGCAGCUGCUGACAGAGCAAGCGGCGCCCGAGGCGGCCGUGGGUGUGGCGCGCCGGGCGGUCGUGGCCCUGCAGGAGGCUCACACACCCGAUGCGCUCACAGCCGUGUGCUCGCGCGGCCCUGGCGCCGCCCGCACGUGGCGCGACGCGUCGCAACACCUGGCGGCGCCGCUGGCGCAGCUGGGGCUGGCCCUGGUUGAUGGCAGUGCGAGGGACGUAGAACUGGACGUGCUGCCGCGGCUGGAGUCGCUGCUGGCCCACGCGCGCGCCUCCGAAGCACCGCCCGCGACGGUGGGGCGGCCGGGCCCCUGCGCGCCGACGAGGGUGGCGGCGGCGGCGGCAGCGGGUGGGGCGUCCCAUGAGUUGCACACGGACGCGCGUCGUCGCGCGGCGGCGUCGGAGGGCAGCACAUUAGAGGACAGGCUGAGCGGCGUCGAGGCUGAGUGGCUCCGCGCCACCUUCCCGGCCAGGCGCGCCAAGCUGCUCCAGGACCUGUCGCGCCUGGCGCGCGACCGCCCCACGUUCAAGCUGCGCGUCUGCCGCGCUGACGUGGCCGCCGGCGUGCUCGCAGCCAUGGGCCGCUGUGGGGGCCGCGGCGCGGGGGCGGCCUCCAUCCUGUACCAGCCCUUGAGCUGCGCCUAUGAGGGCGAGGCGGCCCAGGACGCCGGGGGCGUGACGCGUGACCUGAUCUCUGCGCUGACUCAGCAGCUGUGCAGCCCCGCGGCGGGCCUGUUCAGGCGUGUGGGCGGCGGCGGCGACGGCGGCGGCGGCGGCGGCGGGCGGCUGUACCCUGUGCCGGGCGAGUGCGGCGCGGCGCAGGCGCGCAGGUUCAAGCUGCUCGGCCAGUUCAUGGCCAAGGCCCUCAUAGAGAGCGCCCGCAGCGCGGCCGUCGCCGGCGCCGACGGCUCCCUCCCGCCCGCCGCGCGCCGCGGCUCGCUCGGCGCGGUGGCCCUCCACCUGCCCGUCGCGCCGCCGUUCUGGAAGGUGCUGCUGGGGGCCCAGGUGACAGAGGCCACCAAGCGCGAGUACGUGCUGCGCCGCGCGCGCUGCCUGCUGGUGGACGGCGUGGCAACGCAGAUGGGAGCGCUGGCGGAGGGCUUCUGGGGGCUGGUGCCCAGGUGA